UAAAAUAAUAAACAUUGGGAAAAAUAGGAAAUGUAUCGUGUCUAAGAGGGGUCAUUUCCUAGAGGAAGGCGUAACAUGGGAUAAUUAGCCAUCCGCUUUCACCCUCCCUGACCGCGUAAAGGCUAUGAUUAAGCCCAUCACGUGGCAGUUAUUUGGGCACAUUAGAGAGGGGGUCACAUUUCCUAAGAUCACUGGACCACCAGAUGUGUUUCGUGCACGUUAUCUCUUAAGAAAAAAGCACACAAUGUCAACUAUUAUAGUGAUAAAAAAAUAUAGACGUAAUUCAUGGACGGGACAGAGAAAGUAUAUCCAGGCAUAUUAUUAACUGUGAAUCCAAUCUCAUAGGCAUACGGAGGUCCUGGCAUGAUUUUCAUUGACGUGCGUCCAUUUAAGUUGGUUAUAAGCAAGCGUUGUGACGAGGUUGGGAGUUUGUGAUCAAUUCUCCCGUGUUUACGUCGGAGGUCGGAUCACUGAAUAAUUUUUUUCCUCUUAACAUAAAAAUCAGAUUAUAAGCGGAUGUUAAGUUGACACUUGUCAGAAAAGAUGGAUUAAAGUAUUAUCCGAACGACAUUAUACGACAAUGUCACUGAAUGCGUCCUUUGAUAGUAACCUGACCACACCUCUGUACAACGAAUCGUCCACCGCAGCCAUCCAUUAUGACAUAUACUCUACUUUCUGUCCAGAGGCCGUGGCUGUCGAUAAAUACGUCACUCCUUACACUUACGUCAUUGGAUUUCCCGGGAACAUAUUUUCUCUUAUCAUAUGGCUCCAGCGGCGCAUGCGCAACUCAUCCGGAUAUUACCUUGCUGCUUUGGCUCUUGUGGACCUUGUGUUUUUGUCACUGCAAGUUGUAUAUGAACUCAAUGAAAAGUGGGAAGUGAAAUGCUUGGAUUUACCUUUCAUUUGUGAAUUUUACCCCAUAAUAUUCUUGACAUCUCAAUAUUUGUCCCCGAUUCUAGUACUGUCGUUUACUGUUGAACGAUACAUCAGUAUCUGUCACCCGUUCAAAAGAGAGGCAUGGUGUACUACGAGAAAUGCUAAGAUUGUUAUUGUCUGCACAACCGUGGGUUGUUUAUGCAUUAACAGCAUUCAGGGGUUUUUCUGGUCCUACGACUCGCAAAAUAAGAAGUGUUUUCUUCGAGGAUCAGUGGUUGAAUAUGGGACUGCGUCGUUUUGGACAAUAUGGACUUGGUGUGUGGAAGCAUUUGUGUUUCUGUUAGUGCCAUUGUCAAUUCUAUAUUUCAAUAUCCAUGUGAUUGUGGAAGCUAGAAAACUUUCAAAGUUUGAACAGAGUACGCUUCAUUCCCGAACGCAUCGAAACUCCGCAACAACAGUGAUGCUUUUAGCAGUUUCAUUUUACCAAAUAUUUACCACACUUCCGGUGACGGUCAUUGUGACCCUGUAUUAUACUUUCCCUCCAGGUAUCGAGAAAGAUUUACCGGAAAUUACGGACGCUUGGAGAGCACAUUUCCAGUAUUACUGGGCAAAAACUGUUAUUGAAGAAAUAGGUAUGACUCAUUAUGCUGGAAAUUUUUACAUAUAUAUGCUGACUGGAAAAAUUUUCAGACAGGAGUUUAAAAAACUUAUGAGGCCGUUGAUUGGCGGACUGAAGGUUAAACUUACAAACACUUCAAUGACCGAAUAUUCAACUGUCCGAACCGGAAGUGUCAAGAAUAGAAAGGAAGUCACAGUACGCAUGUGCAAUGGAAAGUCCAAUGGUCACCCAAUAGACUCUACCGAAAGUGAGCCUGUUCUUAACUCUUCCGAAACUCAGUUGUGAUGUUUGAAGUGAGUGCAUGCAAGUGUGAAAAUAAUUGGACCAAGAAGAUUAUGUUUGUUGUUUAAUGUUAUUCUAUCUAUUUAUGAAAUUUGUAAAUAAUAUUUAUUCUAUUAACAUUUGUUACUUUAUAAGCAGUGACUGGAUUACUACUUGUAAACUAAAAACGUGAUAUACAAUUCUUACAUAGGUGAAUAUCUCUUCAGAGUAAUAUUGAAUGCAUCUGAAUACUAUAAUAAAAUAAACAAGUUAAAAAUCUU